AUGACGCGCGACAGCAGACACGGCACUCUUUGGAGGGGGCUGGCAUGUCUUUUUGCACUGCAAUUGCCCCUCGUAGGCGCGCAGCUGGCUGAGGUUGAGAAGGCGACCAAUGCCAGCUUGCUGUGGGGUCCCUACCGACCCAACCUGUACUUUGGCGUUCGACCACGCAUUCCCAAGAGCUUGAUGGGCGGGCUGAUGUGGGCCGGAGUUGAUGAUUACCAGAGUAUCCAGGAGAAAUUCCGACAUACAUGCGAGCAGCACGAGCUUGAUGGUUACGGCUGGGACGAGUAUGACGUGCGUAGCGGCGGCCGGCAAACGAUCCACGACCCGGGAAACAAGGUCGACAUCACAACCGAGUUCAUCAAGUUCCCGGGUGGAGAGCACGGCGGCAGUUGGGGCGUAAGGAUCAAGGGAACACCGCGAGAGGAUGCUAGCCCAAACCUGCGCACGACGCUGUUCUGGUACAACACACUCGAGGGUCUGGGCAGCCUGGAAGUUGUAGAUGCCGACACGUCAGAGCCGGGUAUCAAAGGCGAUGUCGUCUUAAAGGGACAGACGAACGAGCUCGGCGACUUCGAGGUCACGAUUACUGAAGGCAAGGGCAACCACCCCAUCACGGACCAUCCGAGUUCGGACGAGAAGCCUUUAGAUCGAUCACUGGUCCACAGCGGACAAAUACCCGAGGAAGCGCUAUGGCAGGUCAAGGCCAUCAUGUUCGCACACAUGAAGGGCCAGAUCGACGUUUUGAUCAAAAAGUAUGGCGAGGAAGUGCAUCCGCCACCUGCCCAGGUCUACACUAUCCAACAUCUUCCCAGCCAAGGCAACAUGCACAUUAUCCAGAAGGUCUUUGAAGGCCCAUUCGAGUUUGACGUCAUCUUCUCGUCUGGAUCUGCCCCGAAAAAAAUUACCUCGGAAGACCUGACCCUCCAGAUUGACUCUGUUACAUCAGCCUUCUCAACUCGCUUUACCAAAAUCUUCGAGCCACAAGCUCCGUUUACCGACAAGCGCUACGACGGCUUCUCAAAGUCGCUGUUCUCGAACUUGAUUGGUGGCAUUGGCUACUUCUUUGGCGAUUCUCGUGUCGACCGUUCCUACGACCCCGCUUACGAAGAGGACAGUGAGGGUUUUUGGGAGGAGGCUGCCGAAGCGCGAAGCAGAAACCCAGCCCAGCUUGAGGGACCUUCGGAGCUCUUCACUGCAAUUCCAUCUCGAUCGUUCUUCCCACGUGGCUUCCUCUGGGAUGAAGGCUUCCAUCUGCUGCCUGUCAUUGACUGGGAUGCCGAUCUCACUCUUGAUAUUAUCAAGAGCUGGUUCAAGCUCAUGGACGAGGAUGGCUGGAUCGCCCGCGAGCAGAUUCUUGGUGCCGAAGCCCGCAGCAAAGUGCCUGAAGAGUUCCAGAUCCAGUACCCCCAUUAUGCGAACCCGCCGACACUGUUCAUGGUCAUCACUGCUUUCCUCGACAAGCUGGAUGCCACCAAGACGGAUACUAGCAGCGAAAAGCUCCGUCAGGAGAAGUCGUAUUCGAUGCAACUGUCGAACCGCGAAGCAGCACUCGAAUACCUUCGCGCGCUCUACCCACUGCUCAAGCGCAACUACUUCUGGUACCGCAAGACGCAGGCCGGCGACAUCAAGAGCUACGAACGCCAGGCCUUUUCAACAAAAGAGGGCUACCGCUGGCGUGGACGUACCCCAUCGCACAUUCUUACCUCGGGUCUUGACGACUACCCUCGCGUUCAGCCACCGCAUCCUGGUGAGCUGCAUGUCGACCUUAUUAGCUGGAUGGGUAUGAUGACACGCGCUAUUAAGCGCAUCGCAAUCUACCUGGAUGAAACAGAUGAUGCAGCCGAGUUUGCCCGUUACGAUGAAGCCAUUGUGCGAAACAUUGACGACCUGCACUGGUCCGAGAAGGAACAGGCAUACUGCGACGCUACCAUUGACGACUACGAGGAGAAUGCGCUAUUCUGCCACAAGGGAUAUAUUUCCCUGUUCCCCUUCUUGACCGGCCUGAUGGACAAGGACAAUAAGAAAUUGGGCGCGGUGCUUGAUCUGAUUGAAGAUGAGGAGCAGCUCUGGAGUCCAUACGGUAUUCGCAGUCUGAGCAAGAGCGAUGAGUUUUACCACACUGCUGAAGACUACUGGAGGGGACCAGUGUGGAUGCCACUCAACUACCUAGCUGUUUCGCAGCUUCUCAAACUCGCACAAGCGCCCGGUCCUUACCGUGCCCGCGCCACCAAGAUGUACACUGAACUCCGCAAGAACCUUGUCAACACCGUCUAUGAUAGCUGGAAGGAGACAGGAUUCGCAUGGGAGCAGUACAACCCCGAGACUGGAAAGGGACAGCGUACUCAGCACUUUACAGGCUGGACGAGUUUGGUGGUCAAGCUUAUGGCCAUGCCGGAUCUGAGUGGUGAAGAGGUGAGAGAGAAGGAUGAAUUGUAGUGUCCUGAAAUAUGGUGAAUCAUGGUAGAUAUGCAAUGGGGGUGAAAAAGGAGGUGGGGUGUGAAAUGACGAAAUAAAAGCUGUAGGAAAGGAAGGAAUGAAAACACCAUGGUUCGGGAUGUAUCUAGUGUAUAGAGUACUCGGAUGUACUUG